CCCGCCAUGGCAGAAAUUGUUAUCGCGACACCCUUCAGUGCAUGUUUUCACGCGUCAAACUCUUUUCCAGCAGCUACAAACCUCAAUUUCAACCUCUCAAUCUCUUUAGACGCGUUUCAAUCCCAUAUCGCAAGAUGGCUGGCGUUCCUAGCACUUACGAUGCGCCCGUCCAUAUUGCCGUCAUAGGCGGCACUGGCAUUUCCUCUCUGCCAGGCUUCACCCUCGCCGCGACUCUCGAUGUCGAUACACCAUGGGGCAAGCCAUCAUCCCCCAUCUCCAUCCUACAACAUCCAUCACCUUCGACCGGCAAGCCCAUUCCUAUCGCGUUCAUCUCGCGACAUGGCCUUCACCACGAACUUGCGCCGCAUGAGGUCAAGAACCAGGCCAACAUAGCCGCGCUGCGACACAUCGGUGUGCGCACCAUCAUCGCCUUCUCCGCCGUUGGAUCGCUGCAAGAAGAAGUACGACCGCGCGACUUUGUCAUCCCCGACCAAAUCAUCGACCGUACAAAGGGCAUCCGACCGUUCACCUUCUUCGAGGGCGGCAUGGUUGGACACGUCGGCUUUGGCGACCCCUUCGAUAAGCAACUCUCCAAGAUCGUUAGCCAGUGCGGACACGCGCUGGAGGGAGACGGCAUCACACUUCACGAGAAGGGACUCCUCAUCUGCAUGGAGGGGCCGCAAUUCAGCACACGCGCAGAGUCGAACCUGUACCGUUCGUGGGGUGGCAGCGUCAUCAACAUGUCUGCUCUGCCCGAGGCAAAGCUCGCGCGCGAGGCUGAGAUCGGAUACCAGAUGAUUUGCAUGGCAACAGACUACGACUGCUGGAGGGGCGACGGCUCAGAGGACGUCAAUGUAGAGAUGGUCAUGGCACACAUGAAGGCAAACGCCGAGAACGCCAGGCGGUUCGUUGGCGCGGUGCUGAACGAGCUCAGCAAGGAGGAGCACACGGAACAGGUGCUUGCUAAGCAUCUCGAUGGACAGAUGAGAUUCGCAGGCGCCAUGACGAAGAAGGAGGGACGCGGGUCAGAGGCCGAGAAGAAGCUUCAAUGGCUCUUCCCUGGCUACUUCGACUGAACGACAUCUGCCAGCAAGCGUGCCAUUGACAAAGGCGCAUGACAUGUGACUACGAUGUACUCCGAUAUUAGGAACGCGGAGAUACCUACCCCGAUCAAGAACCUGUGCAUGCGCCCGACGACUGACCAAGGUUCUGGAGGUAAGAUGCAGCCAGAGACGCCUAUUACGGCAGGUCGAUAGCAAUGGUUACUCCAAAACUCCAAACAGACCUCCAUGUUUACAUCAUGGAACAUAUGCAUUAGCGGUAUCGAUAACUAUCCGUCGCCAGCAGCCCGUUAGACAUCCGCGGGCACUUGUCAAGCUCGAUCUCACGAUUCUUUCCCUUAGCACCUUCCUUUCUCGUCUAUGAU